GCCGAAUGUACAAGAGACUGAGUAAUUUACAGCGCCCAUCGAUCUAGCACCGAAGUCAGUGACAAUGAACAAGUCAAUUACAUUGCGGCGAAUACUCCUCGCGCCUCCGAGCCUACGGACUUCUUUAUUUCCCCUUCGAACAUCCUCCCAUCCGGCAGCCUUAAAUCCAAGAGCAUAUUCCACUCCAAGCGUCACUCAAACCUCAUUCUGGGCGAGUCUGAUUCCGAAACCGCUUCGACAAGGCACACUUCUCAAAGCUGUCAAGAAGAACAAGUCCAAAGAAUGGAACCCGGCGACUUUCUUCAUCUUCAUAUUCCUCUUUAUAGGAUCAAUGUCUAUUCAAAUGAUCGCCCUACGGAAUGAGUAUACGGCCUUCAUGCGGAGGGCAGAUGCGAAGAUUGGGCUGCUGAAGGAAGUUAUCGAGAGAAUACAGAAGGGGGAAGAAGUAGAUGUCGAGGGAUUACUUGGGACGGGUGAUGCGAAGAGGGAGAAGGAGUGGGAAGAAGUGCUACAAGAAAUUGAACAAGAAAACGAAGUUUGGGAACAAUCACGAAAACCAAAACCGAAGCAUGGCCAAGAGAGCAAGGAGGCUAGAGCGCCAAUAGUAGAAGCAGUUGCUAGACCACCUACGGAACCAAAACCGAAGACCAAUGCGCCCUCAGGGUUCUUUUAGAUUGUUGGAAAUUCAAGUUGUGAAGGUUGCGAUUAUCGUUUCUGGAACGCUGUCUUGGUCCGUCUCUUAAUGAUCUAGAUAGAUAGGAGUCAAUAUGGAAAUCACCC